CAGUCAGUUGGAAUGGAGGCAAGUGAUUGUUGCCGAAAUUGUGUUUUAAAAAUUUCAAGUUUCUAAUAAAAUCGUGAAUUUGUGUGAAUUUAAUAAAAUUCAAAACGAUUUGUGUGAGUUUGUGAAUUGUAUAGUGACCAAAUUGUUCGUGAAUUUGCUCAAAGAAUGUUAAUUGUGUCCUUAAAGUAAUAGGAUCGGAGUGAUCGUUUAUAUUAUUGGAUUACGGUUUCCAGUUUAUACAGCUAAUAGAGUGGCCAGAUUAAAGUGUAAGUGCAUCGAUGAGACGCCGCUAGUGCCGGCACGAGUACGGCCGCCGCCACACUGCGUGGUUUACUUACUUAGGGGCGGUGUGUGAGUGUCGCACCGCCAUGUCGCAUCACAGCGACGAGCAGGCGUUGCUGACAGUGACGUCGGACUCGUUCUGGGAGCCCGGCAACUACAAGCGUACCACGCGUCGCGUAGACGACGGCCACCGGCUGUGCAGCGAGCUCCAAGCUCUGGUCCAGGAGAGGGCCGACAUAGAGAAAACUUACGCUAAAAGCCUGAGAGGGUGGGCGAAAAAAUGGAAUGACCUUAUAGAGAAAGGACCGGAAUAUGGCACAAUGGAGGCAGCGUGGAAAGGCGGCAUGGUUGAAGCGGAACGACUGUCCGAUUUACACUUAAGCGUACGAGACCGGCUUGUUAAUGACGUCAUCGCUCAGAUUAAAAACUGGCAGAAGGAUACCUAUCAUAAGUCAAUGAUACAGUUGAAAGAGCGCAAAGAAAUGGACGAGGCCUUCAAAAAAGCGCAGAAGCCCUGGGCAAAGUUCCUGCAGAAGGUCGAGAGGACGAGAUUGGAAUACCACACGGCGUGUAAGCAGGAGAGGACUGCGCAAAACCAGGAGCGAAACGCGAGUGGGGACAGCUCGUUAAGUCCGGAUCAGGUCAGUAUAAAGAAAAUGGCGGAACGCGUGUCAAAAUGCCGCGAAGACGUCGCUAAGAACCGCGACAAGUACCAGGCAGCUCUGGCAGAGAUCACGGCCUACAACCCUCGCUAUAUUGAGGACAUGACGGGGGUGUUCGACCGCUGCCAGCAAAUGGAGGCCCAGAGGCUGACGUUCUUCAAGGAGGUGCUGUUCAGCUUCCACAAGUGCCUGGACAUUAGCAAGGAACCCACAUUACCACAAAUAUACGAAGAAUUCCACCACACGAUAAACAACGCCGACCACCAGAAGGACCUCAAGUGGUGGGCGAACAACCAUGGAGUUAACAUGGCCAUGGCGUGGCCGCAGUUCGAGGAAUACACGGAGGAGUUCCGGGACAUCGCGAAGGGCAAGUCCAAGGAGAGCCUGCCAACCGGGCCCAUCACGCUGCUCAACCAGCGGCCAGUCAGCGAAGACGAACUCCCGCCAAUCACAGUUAACAACAAGACCGGCAAAACGGCCAACAACCACACGGAACCACCAACGAAUAACACGACCAUAAUGCAUAACAAUACGAGCGCGAAUAACACCAUAGACAAGAAGACCAUCAGUGCACCCAUAGCUGUCACAAACGGUACAGCCUCAGCACCUAAAUCGGCGAAAACAUCUCCCGCGAAAGACAGCAUUAGCGGCAAGGACAAUCCCUUCGAGGAGGAAGAAUGGGACGAAGAGUCCGGGGGAGCCCUCACGGAUACCGGGGAGCCCGGCGUACCGGUACGAGCGCUAUACGACUACACCGGCGCUGAGAGCGAUGAGCUUAGCUUUCGACAAGGCGAUCUAUUCGAGAAGCUAGAGGACGAAGACGAGCAGGGCUGGUGCAAGGGGCGCAAAGACGGCCGCGUGGGCCUCUACCCCGCCAACUACGUCGAACCCGUCGGCCACUAGCGCUGCGGUCCGGCGCUUCGACUCAGUCCGCAGUGCUUCGCCGCACCGCGUAGCUAAAUCGGAAACUCCGUCGUGAUUCGUAGCGCUACUUUUAGUGGGAGUUCACGUACUACAUUGUUUCAUUUGUAGUAUGGUGGGGAGGACGUAUGCACGCAUCGCAUUCUCUCACACACUGACACCCUUUUUAUUAAGCGUGGCAUAGCGUGUCAAUAAUUGUAAAGUGUUUUGUCACACUCACUCAUGGCACCUUUCAAAUGUCAAAGCGUAAGAAAACACUAUAUGCAUUUUUAACUCUGUGUUUGAGAGAAUGAGAGACGUAUAUAAGUCACCCGCAGCAUACGCUUAGAACUCUUAUAACGGAUGCAGCAACGUGCCUGUUUGCGGACGCUAUUCUACGGUCGCGAUAUAUUAAACGUAUAAAAUAAAUAACACACCUGUGAUUCAAGAUCAAAUCUGUGUCAAAAAGAUGGCUGCCCUAACACCAAUGGCGCGCACACCAUAGAUGCGAAAAACACAGCCUAGCCUAAAAAAUUAUGCAUAAUCCAGAUCGGUAAAGGAGUUUUUUUCUUUAUUAGUUAUCCCUUGUUCAGUGUUCACUCAAUAGAUGCGGUUUGGUAUCUUUUUAAAUUAAUAUCUGUGGCGUCAGUACGUGAACUCUCAAAGUUUCGUCGAUUCACGUACGUAAUUUUGGACAUAGGAUUGGGUAGCUGUGCGUAUCGAUACGGAAGCUUAUUUAUGGGAGACCAAAUAAAAAUAUUGUUCUUUAAUUCCGCAGUAACUAAACUUUUAAACAGUAGCCCUGAUGUAUUGAAUUUAGUUUACCAUUUUAGAAUUGGGUCAUAACUUAUUAUAUCCUUAAACCCUUCUCAUCCUGAAAUCAGACCCGUGCCCUUUAGUGGGCGGGAAAUGGGUUAAAAAUUAUAUGAAUACCAUAUUGAAUAUUGCGUAUUGCCGGUGUUCGAAGAUAUAUGUGACUGAAACGCAGUUUUAUAACUAAGGAAGAGCAGAGGACAGCAAGAGAAUCAGAGUUACUGAAAUACCUCAAUUAGUUGCAAGGUUGCAGUGGACUGAUGGACUGAAAGUCCUCCUCAACUCCGAUAGGUCUAAGUAGCUAUUAUAGUGACCUUGAAACCAAAAUGACUCGGCCUUGGUCAUUCCCCCACCCACCAUGGGUGGAACGCCGUUGGAACUUUAAUCAAAGCGUCCAGGCAGCCGUUGGUCACAUAAGGCACAAGACAUAAGUCCCCAUAAAUAAUCUAAGCCCAACAGCGACGUCCAUCGUUUCAGACUUAAUCGAGAUAUCACUUUGCGUUAAUUUCGGCCGAGAUUUAGCACUUGUUUUGUAAAAAUCACGUGACGGGGUACGCUACAGCCCGAGCGAGUGUUCAAUGGCCACUGUACUUUACGUGAACCGUAGAAUCAAUGUUGCUAUUUCAAUGUAUUACCUCAGCAGUUCAUAUAAGCGAAAAGCUACUGAUAUCGCACCAAUACACUAAAUGAAUAUUUUAUAUUAUCUUUAUAAAUACGAAGCGGUAUUAAGGUUGAGGCGAUCCCUUAUAUGAAAUUGUUGAUUUAUUAGAAAUAGUAACACUGGUCUUACUAAAUUGUACCUUAUUCCAAGGGACAUGAAAUUUGACUUUAUCUUGAACUGUAUAAAUAUUUGAGAGAGAUGUGUAUUUGAAAUAAAUUUGUGAAGUCAUAUUUUAGUAAGUACUAAUUACAUCGUACAGAAAAAAAAUACGUAAACAUUGUUCAUAAUAAAAUGAGCCAACAACUUGGGAAUUAAAUAUUUAGGAUCAUGGUGUUUUUGAAUGAGAUUCCACUUGGCACUUUUAGUUUUAAAUUAAUUGAUUAAGCCAGUAUUUAAAUGCCAUCUCGAGACAGUUAAUAUUAGUUGUAAUAAAAAAUAUUAAUAAUACACGGGGACAUUUUUGUUUGUCUUCCAACGGCGAUAUAUUUCAUUGCAGCGAUAUUUCAAAAUGUGAUGUUAAAGAUAAUAUUCAAUUAUUUUGGUGCACGCGAAACAUCCUAAACCGAAUGUUAGAGACGCGUUGCGGGGGCUGCACUGUAACCAAAUCUUACUUAAUUCGAUCAGCUUUUUAAAAAUUACGUUAGUUUUUUAGUAUCAAAACUUCAAAGUAUCAAAUAAAUGAAAUCAAGAACAUGCGACAUUUUUUUUUGUACUACACUUUUUUAAUUGAUAGCUGUUAGGUUGUUUCGCAACACCUCACAUAAUUUUCUAAAUUAUUUAUCAGUGUAGUGUACAUAUGUGUAGUAAACUGAGCACAUCUAAAAAAAGAGACAAUUUGUUUCGGAUAAAUAAUUUAUCGUCAUUGGUAGACGGGUAAAAACGUUGCCAUGUAUAAAAAUAAAUCACGAAGUAGUUCAAUAUUUCGCACUGAGAUGGGAGGCUGGGGCUUAAUUCGCUAUGACAUUAAAUUAGUGAAGCGUUCAAGAAUACUUUAGUGACGUCAAUAAUAAGAUUUGACACCUGUAAUUCCGUGGGUAAUUUGGAUUUCAUACGACAAUGCAGUUCUUAAAUGUUUCAACACGGUCCAAUUAACUGUAGUUCUUCCCCUUUCGAUUCCAGUAUUAAGAAAUAACAGAAUGUUUUUAUGCGAUGACGUCAUCAAUACUUUAGUAUAAUUUAUAUUUUAUAUUAUAUCCAGUAGCUAAUCCACGAAUUAAAAACGAUGAACAAUAGGCUCGUUUUACUUUGAAACAGAGAUUCGAUGUUUAAAAACGAAUACGUAUGCGAUCUUGGCAAUUUCGUACUAAAAAAAGUUACACAGAUAAUUUGACCGUGCUUCGUCAAUUUUAUGUCGUUUUGUUUGGACGAAAUGUCAAAUUAAAUUUUAUAUCCCCAUAGUUCGUAAUUAAGAUACUUCCGAGCGUUCGAUCGACAGCGAAUUGCCCUAGAAUACAAUUUAGAGCUCCAGUACCCUACGGACUAAAUAAUUAAACGAUAGAUUAAAAAUGGAUCAUUUUAAAGCUGAGGUUAACUAAAAAGGACUAUAAUAGCUCAUUUUCAUUUUCACCUUUUUCCUGUUUUUACUAAAAAAGGGCACCGCAAUGUCUAAAUAAGUAACGCAUCAUCUAAGGCUUUAUGUUCUACUGUCUUAAAAACGAAAAUAUCUCGAACAAUCAAAACGGUUCAUACAGAGCUCUCGCAGGAAUGGACCAAUGAAAAUGAGUUAUAAAGCCUUCUUUGCACCUUUAACUUACAUUACUUUCUAUUUUGGGUUUUCUCAUGUCUCUUUGUGUUUUGAUUCAGAAAAUAUAUUGUUCUUCUUAUCCAGCAUUCAAGUUCUAUCGUGCUAAGUCCGUAGAGUCCGAAAAGAUAUACAUUUUUAGAAAUCUUUAGAAUUUUUACGCUUCAGUCUUUUAUUUAAAAAAAGGUUUGACUUUAUACAUUACAGAAAAGUAGGUGUUGUUACAUUAGUUUAUAAAAAAAAAAAACUAGUACAGUUUAGGGAUCUGACAUUCAGACAUAAUAGCGUCAGGGCUUUUUGGGGUCCGGGUCAAACAUACAUAAGUAACACAAAUAUCAAGUUAUAUCGGUAUCAGUGUUAUAAGGAUCUGUUCUGAAUUUAGAUAGAAGCGUACGGGUUAAACCAUGUCUCUGUCAGGGCAUCUUUCGAGACUCAUUAUGUCAUGAUGCCUUCCAACUGAAGGAUAAAACCUUGCAUGGUUUUUUCUCUAUCCCUGACAGAGCCCCGAUGGAACCCUGUUAAGGCAAUGACAGUACUCUGAAGAGGCCCUGACGGUGCUCUGAAGAGGCCCUGACUCUAAUAUAAAACAAUUGCGAUACGGAGCUACGUGUCUGUCGUAAGCUUUAAACGGUCUUAUGAAUAUUCAUUUCAUCCUUCAUUGAGUUCAGCAGAGCUAUUGUCGAGUAGUUGUACCAGUUCUGUUGUAUACAACUCUUCGAACUGAAAUAAAAUUGGCAGGUCUAAAAAUAGUCCUUUUCUCAAAAGAACAUAGUGAAAAGCAUAACGCAUCUUUCACACCUGCCAACUUAUUGGAGUAAAGAUAAAGAGAUAAAAGAUAAAUUUAUCUUUAACAGAACCGGCAACAUAGUAUGCCUCAAAAAAUUAUAUGACACGAAUAUUUCAUCAAAGCGUAGAGACGGUACACAUUUCUACUUUCUAAACAAAUGUCGAUUCAUGUGAUACUGGAUCUCUGUUUGGUUAUGUGUUCACGAACAUUAACAUUACUAUGGAUUACUUUCAAAUUCAUAGUAUUGUUUUGUGAGGCUGUCACAUAACUAGACAUGAAUUACUAAUUCCCCACAACUGUAAUAGCCCAUCUAUAUCAGUAGUUCUUUCCAUCGCUGCAUAAGUACGAAGUUUUUGACGCUUUUUAAAUCUCCCCUACGUACAUGAUUUUCGCGGCCCAAUUUUAUACAUCUUUUUUAACAAAAAAAAAAAACGACUGUCGACAAGUGAUUUGGCACCGGGGAGCGGGUAUUUUUGGAGGAUAUUUGUACAAUGUGGAAACCAAAAAAAAAAUGACUUCUAGUGACGUUUACUGACUUAGGUUAUAAUUUGCGCAACGACCGACUUAGUUGUGGUGACGAGCGAGACCACAAAAUAACACAAGACAUUUUAUUGUAUGGACGAUGUUAAAAGUUUUUUUAUUAUGAAAAAUAUCUAAGGCGCUGCGUACUAAUGAGACACUUAGAAACCGACACGAGACGUUUUCACGGGAAACCGUGGUUGCAUUUAACGACACGUUCUGUGUCCAGGUGUGUACUAUUUGCAUGGAAAAUUGUUUAUGUGACCUACCAAUGUAAGGAUUCUCUUACACUGUGUCAGUACAGUCUUGAUGCAGUUGUGCCAAUUGCAUUAAUGCUGCAACAGAACUAUGUUUAGACCCUUAUCGGAAACCAUAAGCUACGUAUGAAGUGACCAGUUUUGUAUUAAUUAUGCAAACAUAUUACAGCGUCUCGUAUCGUUUAUGAAAAUUGUACGUUUGCGCAACGCCUUAAAUUUUGGUUAACACAAAAACAUAAAUCACAGUAAUAUACACGUGAUUAGAAAGAUCGCUGAAGUAAGAUGAACGUGUUGUGGGUUACGUUCAUUUUGUGGUCUGGCCCUCCGCCGCGGUAGGUGCACAGCGUGGAUAGUGAAAUAAUUACUACCUUUAAUACCUAGCUAAGCCAAAUACUGAGCGUCCGGGACUAAUGCGCACCGCCAACAUACAGAUUAUAUUUGUGAUAUAUUGACGUAUAAUCCAUUUUUAAUUAUCUGUCUUACAAAGUAAACAAUAAUUUCGUUGUUUUAAAAAUAAUUAAAACAUUUACACGAAGGAAACUCUUUUUUUGUUGAUAUUUAUUUUAACACUUGUUUAUUUUUCUUUUCUAUUUUUAAAUCAUACUUUGUACUAUAAAGUAAUGAAGAAAUUUGUUACAUUAUAAGAAAGGUAAAAAAAAAUGGAGAAGGUGGCUGCAAGAGUUCCGGCGCCUCAAUGUACAUACACGGUUAUAUAUUCGUCGUGCAUAUAGUAUAAUUAUUUCCCAUUGUAUAUAAUGUAUAAUUAAUAAUUAAUGUAAUGAUAAUGACGGGCGGCGCCAACAAACAAAUUAAUGGCCUAAAAUGAUCACCACCCCUCGUUGCCUGUUGUUUGGGUAUGACAUUACGACACCCGGUCGUAACAGCAAUUUAUGACGUCAAAAUUGACAGCCUGAAUAUGAAGAAGUGUUGAAUUUGACGUCACAAUUCGAUAUCAUAGAACCCUUGUGAACGAAAAACGAUGCCUUGCACGCUUUAAGAAAAGUCCAUCACUCUUUAAACUUCAAGACAGUUGUUUAAAGAAGUUACGAAAAAAUCUUAGGGCUUUAAUUUUCAAACCGCCAGAGUAAUAUGAAAUUAUAUCUUAAGAGUUAAACGCAGAGAAACAGGAUAUUCUGAUCAUAUAAUAGUGUGAGUUCACGUAUCAAAUAGAAUUUAUAAAAAUUUAAUUUAAAUUUAUAACUACUUUUGAGGAUACUGGGCAAAGAAAACUUAAUAAAAUAAUUGUAAAUAGCAGGCACUGAUGAUGUUAUACAAUUUAAUUAAAAAAAAUAACCAACAUUUCAAAGUUAGUAUAAGUUUACUUAUAAUAACAUUUAUUGAUUUUUGGGCAGGAUAAUUUUUAUAGAGAAAAAUUCUAAAAAUAUAUCUCAAUUUAGUAUUUUGUUUUCGCGCUUAUAAAACCAAGAAAAAAUGUUAAGAUAUAUUUUAAUUAACUUAUCUUACCUCUAAGCAAUUUGUUCUACUUUGUCCUAAUUCGGUAUAGUAUAUUAACUGAGAAGACACAUUGUACUGCUAAGUCGAUUACUCAAAAGUAUUUCUUUGGCUGUAAGGCAUCGAUAUCGAUGGAAGAUGGUCGAUCUUUCUAAUCUUCAUAGGUUGUUGGCGUCGUUACGUCGUUGUAGGUUAAAUAAUAACGAUUAAUAUAUUAUGAAGAUAUUUAACUUUUUUUUUUCAUUUUUUACCUCGUUUUCAACAUUGUUGUAUCGUAAUUUAGGAGGCUGAUGUUUUAUCUUUUGACUCGCGAAGGUAGUCUAUUAGUCUUAGCGCUAUUUGUUUUACUUGUUAUGGGUUUCGAGAGACCUCUGUGAAAUUCUUUGUAUUAUAUUAUUAUUAUUAUCAGAGGGUGGUUACGGACCACAUAUGUUAAUAUAUUAUUAAUAUUGGUAAAAAUAAAAUUGUUACAUAUGA